AUGGCAUCAGAAGAUUCCCCCCUAGAGGGGGGACUACAAGGCAGCAGCAGCAGCAGCAGCAGCCGUAUAAAAAGGGACAGUUUUGCUGCUGGUCCCGAUAUAUCUGACGAUGUUGCUGCUGAUAGUGAGCCAUCAGCAGCAACAGCAGCAGCAGCAGCAAAUAAACGCAUGCGUAGAGGAGACAGCAGAAGUGCGUCUCCUUAUUCAUACCGUGGUGGUCUAUCAGCAUCAGCAGCAGCAGCAGCAGCAGCAGCAGAUCGUCGUCCCUCCUUAGGUCCCCGUGAGGAGGAAGGAGAGUUACGUGCAAGUCUCUCUCCCCCUCCUCCUCAGCAGCAACUGCAGCAGCAGCAGCAGCAGCAGCAGCGGGGUCGUUGGGGGUACCGUUCUCCCUCCUUACGCCGCUACCGCAGCACAAGUAGAAGUGUCUCCUUAAGAAGGAGACAGUUGUCUCCUCGUGGUUAUUCUCCUUCUAUGAAUGGAGGAGGAGGAGGAGGAGGAGGUGUCUCCUCUCGUUAUAGUAGGAGGUCUCCUCCUCCUGCUGCAGCAGCAGCAGCAGCAGCAGGAGAUGGCUUCCGCCGCAGCAGCAGCAGGGAGAGGCCACGCUACCGUCGUGACUAUAGGAUGAAUAGAGGAGGAUAUAGAGGAAGAGGAUUCUAUAGAGACAGAGGAGGAGGAGACAGUUAUAGGGGAGGAGGAGGAGACAGGGGAGGAGACAAUUAUAGAGGAGGAGGAGGAGGAGGAGGAGGAGACAGGGGAGGAGACAGUUAUAGAGGAGGAGGAGACAGGGGAGGAGACAGUUAUAGAGGAGGAGGAGGAGACAGAGGAGGAGACAAUUAUAGAGGAGGAGGAGACAGAGGAGGAGGAGACAGUUAUAGAGGAGGAGACAUAUAUAGAGGAGACAGUUAUAGAGGAGACAGGGGAGGAGACAGGGGAGGAGACAGGGGAGGAGACAGGGGAGGAGACAAUUAUAGAGGAGGAGACAGGGACAAUUAUAGGGGAGGAGACAGAGAUAAUUAUAGGGGAGGAGACAGAGAUAGGGACAAUUAUAGAGGAGGAGAUAGAGGAGGAGGAGGAGGAGACAGAGGAGGAGGAGGAGAGAGAGGAGGAGACAGGAUAAUAAUAGGAGAUAGGGGAGGAGAAAAAGGAGGAGACAUAAAAAGGAGACACUUAUUUUCUUCAUGGGGUCUACGUCUUGAGGGUCUCCCUCAUGAUAUAACAAAAGGAGACAUAUUAGAUUGGAUGAGGGAUGCAGGGUUUAGACUACAAGCAGAGCAGGUGCUGCUGCCUCCGCAGCAGCAGCAGCAGCAGCAGCAGCAGCAGCAACAACAGCAGCAGCAGCAGAAGCAGAAGCAGCAGCAGAAGGAGGAAGGAGAGGAAGAGGGAGAGGAAGGAGAGGAAGAAGAAAAGGACAAAGAGCAGCAAGAACAACCAACAAAACAAAUAGACGUAGAUAAUGAUGACGAAGAGCAGCAGCAGCAGCAGCAGCAGCAGCAGAAGCGUCAGCAAGAAGAAGAUGAUCAACAAGAUCAGCAGCAGCAGCAGCAGCAGCAGCAGCAGCAAUUUGCAUGCAUAGUGCUGCACUCUAGGGAGGCAGCAGAAGGGGCCCAAUUUCGUCUCCAUCGUCGUCCCUUCUUUGGUCAUCGUAUAGAUGUAUUCGUGCUGCACCCUAACGAUCCUCAUCCUAUUAGCAGCAGCAGCAGCAGCAGCAGCAGCAGCAGCAGCAGCAGCAGUGGGCCAGGGGGAGGAGGGAGACUAUCUAGAAGUUUGUCUCCAAGACAUCCAACUAAUCAAUAUAAUAAUAAUUAUUCAUGGAGAGACAGAGGAGGAGACAGGGGAGGAGACAGGGGAGGAGACAGAGGAGGAGACAGGGGAGGAGACAGGGGAGGAGACAGGGGAGGAGACAGAGGAGGAGACAGGUAUAGGAGACGACCAUUUAGGGAUAAUGUAUCUCGUUCCUUAUCUUCUUCCCCUAUAAUAAGAAGAGGAGGAGACAGGGGAGGAGACAGAGGAGGAGACAGGGGAGGAGACAGGGGAGGACAUAUGAAUAAAGUGUCUCCUUCUCGGUCUCCUCCUCAUCCUCCUCAUCAUCAUCAUCCUCCUCCUUAUAGGAGAUGGAGAGACAGAGGAGGAGGAGGAGACAGAGGAGGAGGAGGAGACAGGGGAGGAGGAGGAGGAGACAGGGAUAGAGGAGACAGAGGGAGACACUGGAGAGGGGGACCAAGGAGGCAAGUGGCACAACUAGAGGAGGAAUUAGCGAGCCCAGCAACAGCAGCAGCAGCAGCAGCAGCAGGGACAGCACAGGAGAAAGAAUCAGCAGAUGCAGCAACAGCAACAUCAACAGCAGCAGGUGAAGGUGGCAACAACAGCCCAACUGCUGCUGCAGCUGCUGCUUCUUCUUCCCAGUCUAAGGAUGAGAAGAAGCAAGAGCAGCAGCAGCAGCAGCAGCAGCAAUCUGAUGGUUCUGCUGCUGCUGCUGGAUCUGGUGAAUCCCAAGACAAGGAUCAGAAAACCGACACAACAGCAGCAGCAGCAGCAACAACAACAACAACAGCAGCAACAACAACAACAGCAGCAGCAACAACAACAACAGCAGCAACAGGAGAGUCUCCUA